AUGCUUCACAAUCCACAGAAUAUUCUUUUCAAUAUCAUAGAUCAUCUUGACUGGAAAGAUAUCGUUUAUGAAGAUGUCAAGCUCAAGAGCACCCCGGUUGCUGCUAAGACCAAGAGCCCAAAAGCGUUUUCUACUUUUGCAUGUCUUCUCAGCGACAGCAAACGCGCUUUCAAGUCUCUUGGGUCCAUACAUUCAUACAAACACUCACUAAUAUCAACCGAAGGUAAUGCUCUUUUGAAGUUGAGACAGAGAAUAGUGAGUGACCCUUUUGGUGCUUUGUCAAAUUGGGUUGAUGAUGACGCAUCUUUUGACCCUUGUUAUUGGUUUGGAGUUGAGUGCUCAGAUGGAAGAGUUGUGGCAUUGAAUUUGAAGGAUCUCUGCCUUGGAGGAACUCUGGCACCUGAGCUUCUGAAACUUGUCCACAUAAAGUCCAUUAUUUUGCGGAACAACUCUUUCUAUGGGACCAUACCUGAAGCGUUUGCGGAGUUAAAAGAAUUGGAGGUUUUGGAUUUGGGAUACAACAACUUCAGUGGACAUCUACCUACAGAUCUUGGGAGUAAUAUCUCACUAGCAAUCCUUUUGUUGGAUAACAAUGAAUUUCUUGUUGGUUUUUCUCCGGAAGUCAGUGAACUGAGGAUGUUUUCUGAGUGUCAAGUAGAUGAAAAUCAGCUAAGUAAUGCUGCUAAAAUGCCAGCUUGUAUAGAAACAGCCACCACAUGGCAUAUUGGUCAAGGUAAAGGUACUCGUGGCCUACUAGAACAUCGUAAACCAUUUACUCGUGAUCAUGAAGACCCUCGUAGUCGUGCGGUUAAUCCAAAACCUCAAAAGAACUCCUCUCCUCCCUCUGCAUCACCACCAGUCUCAGCAAAAUCCCCAGUAUCAGAGCCAACUCCCUCCGGGAAAAUUGCUUCUAAAUCUCCUUCUCCCCAUUCUACACCAGGAUCUGGAGCAUUAUCUAAAACUAAAAAAAACACCUCAUCAAAGGUUCAUAUUUUGGCUGGAGUCGUAGGUGGAGUUGUGUCUAUUCUUUUUUCAAGCAUUGGCAUAUAUCUUUGUAAAACAAAGGUGACUAAUGUCAGACCUUGGGUUACGGGCCUUAGUGGACAGCUUCAGAAGGCAUUUGUAACUGGCGCGCAAAAGCUAAGGAGAUCAGAUCUUGAAGCAGCAUGUGAAGAUUUCAGUAAUGUUAUUGGUACUUCACCCAUUGGCACACUGUACAAAGGAACUUUGUCUAGUGGCGUAGAAAUAGCUGUAGCUUCUGUUUCGGUGAUAUCAUCCAAGAAUUGGUCAAAGACCUUAGAAGAUCAAUUUAGAAAGAAGAUCGAUACAUUAUCAAAAGUAAACCACAAGAAUUUCGUCAAUCUUAUUGGGUACUGUGAAGAAGAGAAGCCUUUCACCAGAAUGUUGGUUUUUGAAUAUGUCCCAAAUGGAACACUAUCUGAGCAUUUGCAUAUAAAAGAGGCUGAGCACUUGGAUUGGGUAACGAGGCUUAGAGUUGCAACGGGUAUGGCUUAUUGCUUGCAGCAUAUGCACCAAUUGGACCCUCCUAUGACCGUUAACAAGCUGAAUUCUUCAGCUGUUUACUUGACUGACGACUAUGCUGCCAAACUAUCAGAUUUGAGUUUCUCCUAUGACAUAGCCUCAGCUGAGACAAAAGCUAUUGACAUGCCAAAAGCAAGUCCAGAAAGUAACGUUUAUAGCUUUGGUGUUUUGUUAUUUGAGAUAGUUACUGGUCGUCUCCCUUAUUCAGUGGAACAAAGAGACUCACUUGAAAACUGGGCAUCAAACUAUUUACAAGGGAACCAACCCCUCAAAGAUACGGUGGAUCCAAUUCUAGGAUCUUACCAAGAGGAUCAGCUGGAACAAGUUGCUGCAUUGAUUAAAUGUUGUGUGCACCCUGAUCCAAAGCAGAGAUCAACAAUGAAAGAUGUCAGUGAGAGACUAAGAGAGAUAACAAAGAUAACACCUGAAUCAGCAGUUCCAAAGCUUUCUCCACUUUGGUGGGCAGAGCUUGAGAUUUCUUCUUCAGAGCGCGUUGAAACCGGUGAAGCAGAUUGCAAUUAA